CCUGCAAACCGUUAGCCUGAAGGUACACACUGUUGUGUUGUAUCAUGUACGUACACGCCAUCUUGUCGCACAUGGCGAUUUGCAGCAUAGCCUGUAAUUGAUACCUGUUUACAGGGCUAAUCGUCGGAGGUUUUCUCUGGACACUCCGGCUUCCUUCCCCACUGACCAAGCACGCGAAAAUGCCAAGGAAAAUGACCUUAUUUAUAUUGGUGUGCACUGUCGCAUUCUUCAUUUCCUGGUUUCUGUAUAUGCACAAGCACGUCAUCCCAAAGGUAUUGACGUGCCCUUCAUCUUUACGUCCUUCUCUUCCCACCAACGAGAUCAUUAGGAACAUGAAAGACGCUGAAUUGGAGGAACUGUACUACACCUACGUGGAAAACGAAGACGUGUUAUGCACCAACAGGAUUCGUCUGGGUAAGCCUGAAGAUGGCGGUUGGGAUGUCUGUGACGACAUAGAGCACCGUCCCCAAUCACCAUGUUUGGUGUAUUCGUUUGGGAUCAACCGCGACUUCAGUUUUGACGAUGCGGUCAGCGAUAAAUACCGGUGCGAGGUUCACUCUUUCGACCCGAGCAUGGGACAAAAUGAUCACAAGCACUCAGACCGGGUGUUUUUCCAUAAUCUUGGGAUAAGCGACCAAGACUUUGUCAACAGCAUAAACUGGACAAUGAGAACCCUGACGUCUAUCAAGAAGCAGCUACACCACACUAAGAUCAAUAUCCUCAAAAUGGACAUCGAGCAAGACGAGUUUAAGGCCCUGCCGAACAUCAUUGCAUCAGACGAGCUGAAGGAUGUCGAUCAGCUGCUCUUUGAAAUCCACUACAAUUCUCGCGAUGAGCAGGCGACGAUCAUAGACUUCAUGGCGCGAGGUCUGGAACUGCUCCGUGACCUGCGGAACCUUGGCUUCUAUGUUUUUCACUCUCACCCGAACGAACAUAAUUAUUUCAAGAGUAAGAUAUCUGGACGUCGACGUACGACCUGUCACGAACUGUACAUGCUGAAUGUUAAUCGAAACAGAAAGUAGUGUCCGGAAACUAUUUGGUAAAUAUUCUUCGGGAAAGAAGGCAGGAACGUGUAUAGAAGCAUUUUUUGUGUGCAGUAAUGCAUACAGGCACAAAACAUGUACAUAGCUUUGCACAUACACAUGAUAAUGGGACGAUCGCACUUCUAACAACCGAAACCUUUAUUGCUUUUACUGUAGUCGAGUUUGUCAACGUCUGUUUUCCUCAGGACUACACUUAAUUUUAUCAGUUAAAAACUUCUUGAUUGCUUUUGCUUUUCACCUAAUAAAAGUUCUUUAAUUUGAA